AUGUCGGCGAUGAAGAGGAACAGAUUGAUUUGGAGGAAUGAGUUGUUUCAAUGGAGAAGAAAGUUGAAUCUUUACAAUGGGCAAGAAAAAUGCAAUCCUUACAACGGAGAAGAAAAAUCCCAUCUUUACAGACGCCAUAAAUCUGAUAAAAAAGGGAAGGGCGUUGUGGUGACGGAGCCGGAGAAUAAUAGUGAUAAUAAUGCAGAGGAGCACAUGGAUGUUAAUCAGCCCAUGGCAACUCCCUGUCAAGAGGAAAUCUUGAUGGACAUCCUCAAAAGGUUACCUGUGAGGUCUCUUCUCCGAUUUAAAUGUGUUUCUAAAUAUUGGAAUACAUUGAUCUCCGAUCCUUACUUUAAAGUCGAGCAACUCAGUCAUGCCAAACAUGACAAAAAUUCCCAUAAACUUCUUACCUACGAGUUUUGCCCAAAGGGUAUAUCACCCAUGUACUGUUGUCCGUUAUCAGUGGUCCAACAUAUUAGGGAUUUACAAAAAUUGAUUACCCUACAAACUCUAUACCAUGUGCUUGGGUACUCCAUUGUUGUUGUGAUGGCUUGGUUACCAUCGAGGUUAAUUAUGUUAUUCCUGAUAAACGCUGCAUACUUUUGCUAUGGAACCCCUCCACAGGAGAAUCAACAGUACUUCCAGAUCCAGAAUCUCGAAAGGUCGAAUAUCGUUGUCUGGGAUUGGGUUAUGACUCAACUAUUGGUGACUAUAAGAUCCUUAAUAUCGACGAUGAUGUACCUAGUCAAAUUCUCGCGAUGAAAGAUGGUUGCUGGAGAAAUAUUGAUAAACAUCCUCUUGCCACUUGGAAUUUGUUGGACGAUACGCCUUUUUUGCCAAUGGUUCAUGAGGCGUUUCAUUGGAUCGUUGCUAUUGGAGAAUAUGAUGUUAUAGAAGACAGAAAAUUUUCUUUGGUUUCAUUUAGCAUCUCAAAUGCCGUUGCCAGAGCAAAUAUUGUGCCCGAUGCGCAUCUUCAAAUUUGGUGUUUCAGUAUUGAAUGAAAUGCUGUGUGUUCAUUCUACUUCUGUUUCUGAGUCAGAGGGGGCUUAUAAGUUUUGGGUAAUGAAAGAGUACGGUGUCAAGGAAUCUUGGAAUGUCUUGUUUACUAUCUAUGAUCCCAGGGUUUGCGAGAUGCAACCGAUAUAUUGGUUUGCGGAUGGUAAAUUGCUAUACUUUUUCCGUGAUGUCGUGAGACUGUAUUUAGGACGUCCUGUGGGCCGUUUGUACCAUUUCCUCACAGCGACUAUUUUGGGGGUAUUGCUUUUACAGAAAGCUUGAUCUCUCCAAAGUCACUUAUUUAUUAGUAGUUUCUUAUUUGUGAUCGGGGAACUUUUUCUUUCUUUAAGUUAUCAGGUACAAUCUUGUAAUCUUGCAUAUUGUUUGGAUCAUUGUUAUCCAUCAUUGCAUAAUAAUGUUCUGUUUUGUUGAUUGUUUGGAUAGAUUAAUUAUAUCUUUUGUUUAAUGCC